GGCUGACUCCUCGCCGAGAUUUCUGCGCGAGUGUGGUCGCUGGCGCCCAGCGGUCCGGGUUUGGGCUGAAGUCUGGGAGCAGCAAGGAUCCGCCAGGGGUGUCGCACCCCGGCCUCUGCCGCACCUGGGGCUGGCGUCAGCGGAGACGUACGUAUUAGGCCAGGAGGAGCUGAAGUUCUGCAGGAUCCCCGUCCGCCCUGGACAGUCCAUUCCGCGGGGACUUUCUCGGGAUAGAGACCUCCUCUUUGGUGCUGAGAUCGCAACCCCAACGAGUCCUCUCUUCUCCCACCCCACCCUCUCUCCUCCAGCCGGCGGAACCCAAGACGCAGAGGGCUGAGACGGUCGUGGAGGAUGAGAUAGCCUGGGCGACCCGUGGAAAAUGAGGCCGACGCCCUUGCUGCAGCUGGUGCUGCUCCUCGCCCUGCCAAGGAGCCUGGGGGGUAAAGGGUGCCCUUCUUCGCCCUGCGAGUGCCACCAGGAGGACGACUUCAGAGUCACCUGCAAGGAUAUCCAGCGCAUCCCCAGCCUGCCGUCCAGCACGCAGACUCUGAAGUUUAUAGAAACUCAUCUGAAAACCAUUCCCAGUCGUGCAUUUUCAAAUCUGCCCAAUAUUUCCAGGAUCUACUUAUCAAUAGAUGCAACUUUGCAGCGGCUGGAGUCACAUUCCUUCUACAAUUUGAGUAAAAUGACUCACAUAGAGAUUCGAAACACCAGAAACUUGGCUUACAUAGACCCUGGUGCCCUAAAAGAACUGCCUCUUCUGAAGUUCCUUGGCAUUUUCAACACUGGACUUAGAAUAUUCCCUGACCUGACCAAAGUUUAUUCCACUGAUGUAUUCUUUAUACUUGAAAUUACAGACAACCCUUACAUGACUUCGAUCCCUGAGAAUGCUUUUCAGGGGCUGUGCAAUGAAACCUUGACACUGAAACUAUACAACAAUGGCUUGACUUCAGUCCAAGGACAUGCUUUCAAUGGGACAAAGCUGGAUGCUGUUUACCUGAACAAGAAUAAAUACCUGACAGUUAUUGACAAAGAUGCAUUUGGAGGAGUAUACAGUGGACCGACCUUGCUGGACGUCUCCUACACCAGUGUUACUGCCCUGCCAUCCAAAGGCCUGGAGCACUUGAGAGAAUUGAUAGCAAGAAACACCUGGACUCUAAAGAAACUUCCACUUUCCUUGAGUUUCCUUCACCUCACACGGGCAGACCUUUCUUAUCCAAGCCACUGUUGCGCUUUUAAGAAUCAGAAGAAAAUCAGAGGAAUCCUUGAGUCCUUAAUGUGUAAUGAGAGCAGUAUUCGAAGCCUGCGUCAGAGAAAAUCUGUGAAUGCUUUGAACGGUCCCUUCUACCAGGAGUAUGAGGAGGAUCUGAGUGACAGCAGUGCUGGGCACAAGGAAAACUCCAAGUUCCAGGAUGCCCACGGCAACUCUCAUUAUUACGUCUUCUUUGAAGAACAAGAAGAUGAGAUCAUUGGUUUUGGCCAGCAGCUCAAAAACCCACAGGAAGAGGCCCUACAGGCCUUUGAUAGCCAUUAUGACUAUACCGUGUGUGGAGACAAUGAAGACAUGGUGUGUACCCCCAAGUCAGAUGAGUUCAACCCCUGUGAAGACAUAAUGGGCUACAAAUUCCUGAGAAUUGUGGUAUGGUUUGUCAGUCUGCUGGCUCUCUUGGGCAAUGUCUUCGUCUUGGCUGUCCUCCUCACCAGCCACUACAAACUGACUGUCCCACGCUUUCUCAUGUGCAACUUGGCCUUUGCAGAUUUCUGCAUGGGGAUGUAUCUGCUCCUCAUUGCCUCUGUAGACCUCUACACUCAUUCUGAGUACUACAACCAUGCCAUCGACUGGCAGACAGGCCCUGGGUGCAACACAGCUGGUUUCUUCACUGUCUUUGCCAGCGAGUUGUCAGUGUAUACGCUGACAGUCAUCACCCUGGAACGCUGGUAUGCCAUCACCUUCGCCAUGCGCCUGGACCGGAAAAUCCGCCUCAGGCAUGCAUAUGCCAUCAUGAUUGGGGGCUGGGUUUGCUGCUUCCUGCUUGCCCUGCUCCCUUUGGUGGGAAUAAGCAGCUAUGCCAAGGUCAGCAUCUGCCUGCCCAUGGACACCGAAACUCCUCUUGCCCUGGCAUAUAUUAUCCUUGUUCUGUUGCUCAACAUAGUUGCCUUUAUCAUUGUCUGCUUCUGUUACGUGAAGAUCUACAUCACCGUCAGAAAUCCCCAGUACAACCCAGGGGACAAAGACACCAAAAUUGCCAAAAGGAUGGCUGUGUUGAUCUUCACUGACUUCAUGUGCAUGGCCCCAAUCUCAUUUUAUGCACUGUCAGCACUUAUGAACAAGCCUCUUAUCACUGUUAGCAACUCCAAAAUCUUGCUGGUUCUCUUCUAUCCACUUAACUCCUGUGCCAAUCCAUUCCUCUAUGCUAUUUUCACCAAGGCCUUCCAGCGAGAUGUAUUUAUCCUGCUCAGCAAGUUUGGCAUCUGUAAACGCCAGGCUCAGGCAUACCGGGGCCAGAGAGUUUCUCCAAAGAACAGCACUGGUAUUCAGGUCCAAAAGGUGACCCAAAAUACGAUGCAAAAUCUCCCCAACAUGCAGGACAACUAUGAACUUCUUGAACACUCCCAUCUAACCCCUAAGAAGCAGGGCCAAAUCUCAAAAGAGUAUAAACAAACAGUUUUGUAAGCUGACCCUACGCUACUUGCAGUGGUAGGGGGACUUAUAAAAGACUGGUUUCUUGAACAUGCAUUCCAACUCUGUGACACACACAAGACAGCUGACCUAACUCUUGUGCAGGUGACGUUUCAUGGGGCAAGGGUUCAUCUCUAGAGGGACUAGCAUUAACCUAAUCAUUGCCCCCCAAGAGGAAGAGAUGCUACAAAUAUGUCUGAAUCCCAGGUAAUAUCAAAAUAAUCUAUACGUUCUGGAAGACUUGCUUGAUGCUAAAUGUACAGAUGACAUUUGCAUAAGAUGCUCAACAAAUAUCAGCAAAUAUCAGCUGAGCCAUGUCAACACUGAGCUUCCCAUUUUUAUAUAGCAUGUCAUACUAAAGAUUCAGCAACUAGCAAAUGCUAUGAACUUGACUGGUGACUACAAGAUAAAAUCAGCCACAUAGUGGCUCUGUCCAGCUUCCUGUUCCCUGAUACAACCAAAGAGAGUUUGAGUUCCUCAAAACUGAACAGUCAAACAGGUCAUCACGCAAGGAAUGACAAUCAUGAGACACGAGAGAGAGGAAAGGCUUAGCUUUGAGUUUUUUUCAGAUUCUGCAACUAUUAAUCAUCUCUUCACAAAGGUCUACCUGAUGUAACCCGACUGUUACGUGUUGCCCAGAAAACUGGCAAGAUUUCAGCUUAUGUGUCCAAAGAAUUGCUCUUCUUGGCUAGUCUCAUAGCAUAAAAGACAAGAACUUGAGAAAUAUUUCUAAGUAGCAAUAAGUAGGAAUUAUAAGCAGAGCACACUAAAUGACCCAGUGAUUAAUAAAGCAGGCUGGAUACCAGGUAACUCUUGGAAUUUGGGAAAAUCACUGGGCCUCAGAAGUCUGUAGAAAUGAAAGAGCUUGACGGCCACUUCUAGUUUUAAAACUCUCUAUAUAUCCUUUUCCCUUAAAACAUGUUUCCACAACAAAGAGAAAGAAAAGUAUUAAGGAAAAAGAAAAUGUUUUUUCUAUCUUAUAGGGCUGCCAUCUCCUCUUUAGAGCCUAGACAUAUGACCCAUGAAGUAUUUUUUGUUUCAUUUUUGAUUAUGAUGUACUAAAAUUUCUAUUGACCACACUGGGCUGGAUCUAAAUCACUCAUCUAAUUAUUAGAUCUAUAUAGUUAUAAUGAACAGGCCAAAAACAGAUCAGUAUUCAUAGAAUAGAAUAGAAGGUAAUUUUGCAAAUUUUGGUUAGAAUUACUGCUUCAUCGUACAGAUUCACUUGAAAACAUUUAACUUGUCUUCAGGGACUGGUUGCUUUACUUAGCUGUUUCUAACCCACAAUUGAUACUAAAAGUAUCAAGAGAAGUUUCUUCUCUCUGAAUCUACCCGCUCUUUCCAACCUUGUUAAUCACUGGACAUAAAGUUUGUAUUCCCCAACAGUGCCCCAUUACUUAAAAUGGUCAGGAUCUUCAUCUAUAGAUGUACUCUCCAAGUUACCCAUCAAGACAGCCCUUUAAUUUCAUCCCCAGCAGAGAUGGUCUUUGCUUCUCAGUGCUCACGAACCACACCAUUAUUUAAAAGCAUGCCAUGAAUUGAGAGCUUUUGUUGUUUUAAGUCUGCGGAGUGGGAUUCCUGGGCCCUGACUCACCUGAAAUGUCUCUAUAGCCAUACCCAUUCCUGAUUAUCACUGAGACUCGGAUAUCUUAAAAGAAAUAUUAUGGACACCUAAAAUAACUUAUCCACCAGUCCACUUGUAACUAAUGAAAUUAAACAAAUGUGUCACCUUUUGGCAAUUAGUUUCUCACCUGUGACAUUUUAAAAUAUCACAUUCUGAUAGAUAAAUGUGUUUUAUCUUAAGUAGUUGAAAUAAUGCUUUAGAAAUAGUCCUAAGAAAGUAACUUUAACAGAAUCAUUACUAAAAUUUGCAUUCACAACAUGAAAUAAAUUUUCUUUCUAGGAAAUGACUGUGCUGAGUCCUAGAGUAUUGAUUUUUGUAAUUUGUGAGCUUCUUUUAGGGUUACCAUUAUAUGUGUUAAAACUAAAAAUAGGGGAAAAAACAAUGGCACAUUUACUAAUAAAUCCAUAUUAAUAAAUUAUUGCUAUCAAUAA